AAUUCAUCGACGUCCCGGUUGGACGGGCGAAUUUGCCGAAUUGGCGUGUGAUAUGCUCUGCGACCCGCAUCUGAGACGAACAUCCUUCCACUCGUCUACACGUAGACUUUGCACACUCCCUAGCUCUGGAAAGUCGACUUACUGCCUUCCUGCCUUCUUCUCUCUCUCUUUCCCUCGUACCAGAUUCGGCCGUCACGUAUGCUUGUAAUAUCUUGCUGAAACCCUUGCACCCCUGGCCGUUGUCCAUCGCGCGCACAUGAUUAGCCAUCAUGUCAACGCAGUCGGAUGUGCUAGACAACAUCUUUCACCGAGUAGCGAAUAGGAACGAGGAUGUCCGAAAGCAAGCUGCAGAGGAUCUUCAGCUACAGAUUGCCUCGUACACGUCCGACUUUCCAGGACACGGUCAAGAUGCCAGUAAAGGAUUAUGGAGUGACCUUUUCAUCCGGACGUUCGAGUUGACCAGAAGCAAUCAUGCAGCGGAGAAAUUAGGUGCUACAGUGGUCAUUGGGGCCAUGUUGGAGGCUGCGAAUGAGGAGUCUCCCGAUAGAGGUUUGCAAAAGACUCUAAGGCUCUAUGAGUAUCUCCGCCCAUUGCUCGUCAGCAGUGACUCGCAAGUCAUGAUGGACGCUGCCAAAGUCGUCGGAAACAUGGUCCGAAUAGCAGGAGUUAAUCUUGGUGAAUCAUGGUUCACUAAAGAAGUAGGACAAGCAUUGCAGCUCCUAGAAGACUCUCGGCAAGAAGUCAACCGCUUCAGUGGUGUCUUAGUCCUCCACCAAUUCGCUAGUAAUGCUCCCGCCCUAUUCCACCCAUUCGUGUCGAGAGUCUUGGAAAAGAUUUGGAUCCCAUUACGGGACUCUAGGACGGUCGUCCGAGAACGCGCUUCAUUGCUUCUCUCGGCAUGUUUGGACAUUGUCAAGACGAGAGACAAGUCGCCCGCCGAGACGUAUAGAAAAAUCUUUGAAGAAGCCCGCUCGGGCCUCAUGAGAGCAGGAGGCACAGAUACAGUCUUGGGAUCACUACUGGCCUUCGGCUCCAUGUUACAAAAUCAGCAGAUCUCCAUGGCAGACUACUAUCGUUCAAUCUGCGAGUUGACGCUCAAAUACCGUGACAGCAAAGAAGUGGUCGUCCGCAAAGCCGUCAUUACCCUCAUUCCGUCCAUGGCGACAUAUGACAGCGACGAAUUUGAGAGUCAAUACCUACAGCGAAGCAUGGCUUGGCUGCUGCAGGCCUUGGGCAAAGCCACGGAUCGAGAUCUGGCAUACAUUGCUAUUGGUCAUCUGGCAAUGCAGCUUGGUUCAAAGAUGCGGCCUUUUGUCGAAGAAAUCCUUAAAGUCAUGAAAGAGCAUCUGCGGAUGAGAGGCAAGAAGAAUGCUCCAUACGAGGGUCCCAUCUUUCAAAGUCUCGCCAUGCUCACGACAUCUGUCGGGCCGAUGCUCACAAGACAAAUGCACGAGGUACUAGACUUGAUGUUCCCCUGGGGUCUGAGUGAAGCUCUGUGGAACGCCUUGUCAGUCAUCAAGAACCAUAUCCCACCGUUAUUGCCUUCUAUCCAGGAUCGCCUUUUGGAGAGUCUGUCAAUGAUUCUCACCGGUCAGCCUUACAGGUCACUUGGAGCGCCCGCGAUUAGGACGAAAAUGCACUCGAGGGAUAUCAAUCUUUUGCAGGCAUCGACGGGCGCCCAACCACCAGAGACAUUGUCCCUCGCAUUGAGAAUCCUAGGCAACUUUGAUUUCAGCGGUCACACCCUCAACGAAUUCGUCCGCGACGCAGCGCUCCCGUAUCUCGAGCACGACAGUGCCGAAGUCCGAAAAGAGGCUGUCCUAGCUUGCACUCAGCUCUUCAUCAAUGAUCCCAUAUGCCAUCAGACUAGCAGUCACUCGAUCGAGGUCGUCAGCGAUGUGUUGGAGAAGCUAUUGACUGUGGGAAUCACGGAUCCAAAUCCAAUGAUUCGACGCACUGUCCUUGAGCACCUGGACGAAAAGUUUGAUCGCCAUCUUGCUCAAGCGGAAGACAUUCGAUGCUUAUUCAUUGCUCUGAACGACGAGGUUUUCCAGAAUCGAGAGAUUGCCAUUGGCAUCAUUGGUCGAUUGGCGCAACACAACCCUGCCUAUGUCAUGCCUCCACUGAGAAAGUCCUUAAUCAAUCUCAUCACCGAGCUCGAGUAUGCCACUAACAGCCGGCAGAAAGAGGACAGUGCAAAGCUUUUGUGCCUGCUCAUAGGCGCAGCCGCAAGUCUCGUCAAGAGCUACGCGCCGACCAUUCUCACAGUCCUACUCCGAACCGCUAGCAGCUCAAGUACAUCUAUACCAGUCGCCGCAUACUGUGUGACGUGUAUUGGCGAGCUUGCACGGGUCGCAGGCGAGGAGCUCGUGUCAAACGUUCGGACGAUUUUGGACCUCGUCAUCAGCAUGCUGAACGAUCAAACGUCGACGUUGAAACGAGAUGCAGCGCUCAAGACACUGGGCCAGAUCGUUUCAAACACUGGCGAGGUCAUCAACCCGUAUAUCGAACAACCGCAGCUCUUGGGCAUCCUAUUUAGAUUACUACAGACCGAGACGUCUCAAGCGAUACGCACGGAGACGAUCAGGACCAUGGGUCUUUUGGGAGCGCUUGAUCCGUUCAAACACAAGGUUCUGCAAGGCAGUAUCACCGAUCCGACAGCUGCUGAAAAUGGCUACCGCGUUACCGAUAUCACUCUAUUAAUGAACCAGCAGACCCCAUCGAACGACGAGUACUACCAAACUGUCGCGAUCACAUCACUUGUCAACGUCUUGAAUGACUCGACACUCAAGGAAUCACAUUACGAGGCCGUUCAAGCGGUCAUGUUGAUAUUCCGAACCCAGCGCCUGCGAUGCGUAUCUUUCUUGCCCCAGAUCCUUCCCGCUUUUCUCCACGUUAUCCGAAUAGCCCAACCUCAGCUGCAAGAUGUACUGCUCAAACAGCUUGCGAAUCUCAUUUCCAUCGUCAAACAGCAUAUCCGCAAUUACAUCAACCAAGUGUUUUCACUCGUCCACGAAUUUUGGGGUUCCGGUCCCACCGUCCAAAUCACUUUGAUUCAAUUGGUCGAAUCCGUCGCUCGUGCCGUCGAGGGAGAAUUCAAGGCGUACCUCCCGAGGCUUCUACAGCAGAUCCUACACAGCUUCGACGGUGAUCUCAGUGAAAAGCACAUUCAGGGUAGUCGUCUCAGCAUCCUCUUGCACAUCCUCAAAGCUUUCAUUGUCUUUGGAUCCAGUAUCGAAGAUUAUCUCCACCUCAUUCUCCCUGUCAUUGUGCGAAGCUUCGAGUCGCCGCAGGCUCCUUCUGAACUCCGUAAAGCGGCAUUACGGACGACGGGUCAACUAUGCCGCAAGGUCAACUUUUCGGAUCACGCUUCUCAGAUCAUCCAUCCGCUGGUAAGGGCCCUAGCCCAUAGCGAUACAGAAAUGAGAAGUAUCGCUAUGGACACGCUGUGCGUUUUGGUGUUGCAAUUUGGGCCAGAUUAUGCCAUCUUUAUCCCAAUGGUCAACAAGGUUCUGGUCGAACACAAUAUUAAGCACAGUGGAUACGAUACGUUGAUACAUAAACUUCUGAAUAGAGAACGACUCCCCCCAGAUCUCGGGCCCGUUGAGCGCUUUGCCAACGAUCCGACAUCUGAAAUGUCAGUAUCGGUGGAGCAGGCGAAGCUCCCAGUCAACCAGCAGCAGCUCAAACUGGCUUGGGAUUGCUCUUCAGUGACAAGCAAGAGCGAAUGGAUCGAAUGGGUCAAACGACUCGGCAGUGAACUCAUGCGAGAAUCCCCUUCGCAGGCUAUCCGAGCCUCGCGGAAUUUGGCUGAACAGUACACUCCCUUUGCAAGAGAGCUCUUCAACGUGGCUUUCGUUUCUUGUUGGACCGAAUUGUAUGAGAGCUAUCAGGAGGACCUCGUGCACAAUCUUGAAACAGCUCUCACCAGCCCGGGCGUACCGCCUGAUGUCGUAAAUGUCAUCCUGAAUCUUGCCGAGUUCAUGGAGCACGAUGACAAACGAUUGAACAUCGACGCAAAGCUCUUGGCCGACUAUGCAUCUCACUUCCACGCCUACGCCAAAGCUCUGCACUACAAGGAAGCUGAAUUCUUCACCGACGCUUCUGCUGUGGUGGUCAACGACCUGAUUGAAAUCAAUCAAAAACUGCAGCAGGCAGACGCUGCCUGGGGGACCCUGGUUUACGCUGAAGGUAAUAUGGAGAUGACCCAUGAUGUCAUGUGGUUCGAGAAGCUCAAUCGAUGGGAAGAUGCGCUUUCGAUCUGGGAACAACGAGCGCAGAACCCGGAAGAGGAGUUUACAGAAUCUCAGGUUGCCUUUGGUCGGAUUCAGGCUUUGCACGCUCUCGGAGAAUGGGAAGAUCUGUCGGAACUGGUUCAAAUCAGGUGGCCAAGUUCGACACAGGAGGAAAAGAAGCAGAUGGCCCCCUUGGCCGCGGCGGCUUCCUGGUCCUUGUAUCAGUGGGAUCUGAUGGAAGAUUAUAUCGCCGCUAUGCGAAACGACACUGUCGACCGGCAUUUCUACAAGGCUAUCAUUGCUGUUCAUCGCAAUCAAUUUGGAUCCGCUGCGAGGCACAUCUCCAGGGCGAGGGAGAGGCUUGAUCCGGAGUUGACCUCGUUGACAAGCGAAAGUUAUGGACGGUCCUACGACACAAUGGUCCGAGUUCAGGCUAUGGCCGAGUUAGAAGAAAUCAUCUCGUACAAGGAUCAUGCAGAUCGCCCAGAACGGCAGCAGACCCAGCGAAUGACUUGGAGAAGAAGACUCGACGGAUGUCAACGAGAUGUCGAAGUCUGGCAGAGAAUCCUGCAAGUUCGCUCGCUCGUCCUCUCGCCGAAUGAAGACAUGGACACUUGGAUUCAUUUCGCAGAUCUAUGUCGGACGCAAGAUAGACUCAAGCUUGCCGAGAAAACGCUCACAUCGCUCGUUGGCAGUUCCUACAACGCCGAAGACCCAGAGAGUCGCGCUAGGGCGCCGCCCCCGGUCAUUUUUGCCUACUUCCAGCUCUCAUGGGCUAAGAACAACAAGGAGCAAAACGCCCAUGAGCAAGUCGCCACUUUGCAAUACCUCCGACGCUUCACCGAACAGCUGACUGAGGAUAUCGGUAUUGGUCAACGGGACGCCCACGGACGAUUAAUAUUACCGGAUGUCAAGCUGUAUGGCGAAUACACAAAGCUGUUGGCGAGAUGUCACGUCGAACUAGGAGCUUGGCAGACUGCUUUGCGCGAGGGCUCCAUAGCCUCCGACCCGAGCGAGAUCCUGGCAGAUUACUCUGAGGCUACGCAAUUAGAUCCCGAAUGGUAUAACGCCUGGCAUACCUGGGCACUGGCCAACUUUGAGGUUGUCACUCAGCUCGAGGUCUCCCCUGGAGGUCUCCAGCCUGAUCACUUCACAACGUACAUCAUUCCUGCUGUCGACGGCUUCUUGCGCUCCAUCGCAUUGUCUCCGGGCAAAGCAUUGCAGGAUACAUUGCGUCUCCUCACGCUCUGGUUCACGUACGGAUACCAGCAUGGCGUCAGCACCGCCAUUUCGCAAGGACUGCAUAUGGUCAACGUGGAUGUUUGGCUGGAGGUCAUUCCCCAGAUCAUUGCUCGUAUCCACACUCCUCGUGCUGCUAUCCAACAGCUCAUCGUCCGCCUCUUACAUGAUAUUGGCAAAGCCCAUCCGCAAGCUCUGAUCUAUCCAUUGACAGUCGCAUCCAAGUCCGACGUGGCAAGUCGUCAAGCAGUCGCUCAGUCUAUCACAGCCAAGAUGAGAGAGCAUGCCUCAAAUAUAGUAGACCAAGCGGAACUCGUCAGCACAGAGCUCAUCCGAGCUGCCAUUUUGUGGCAUGAAAUUUGGCAUGACGGUCUCGAGGAUGCUUCCAAGCAUUAUUUCGCCGAGAAAAACAUCCCUGCGAUGUACGAGGUGUUGGAGCCGCUUCACGAGAUGGUCGAAAGGGGACCGGAAACACUCCGUGAGACGUCAUUCGUGCAGUCCUUCGGACAUGAUCUACGGUCUGCAAGGGAUCAUCUCCGAAGAUACUCGGCUCACGGAGAUAUCAACGAGAUUCAGCAAGCUUGGGACAUAUACUAUAAUGUGUUCCAAAGACUGGCGAAGCAGUUGAGGAUGCUCAACGUCAUCGAGCUGCAGUACGUCUCGCCCAAGCUCAUGGACGUCCGAGAUUUGGACAUUGCUAUUCCUGGCACAUAUCAAUCGGGCAAGCCCGUCAUUGGCAUUGCUCAGGUCUUGCCCACCUUCCAGGUGAUCAGCUCAAAGCAUCGGCCGCGAAAGUUCAGUAUGCGCGGUCAGGAUGGAAAGGAGUAUGCCUACUGCUUGAAGGGUCACGAGGAUCUGCGUCAAGACGAGCGUGUCAUGCAGCUGUUCGGUCUGGUCAACACCUUGCUCAACUCGGAGCCCGAAGCAGCCAAGCGUCAUCUUUCGAUUCAGCUUUUCUCCGUCACGCCCCUAUCUCCCGGUGCUGGUCUUUCGGGCUGGUUACAACAUAGCGACACGCUACACAUGCUUAUCAAGGGUUACCGAGAGUCUCGCAAAAUUCUUGUCGACAUCGAGAAUCGUCUCAUGCAACAGAUGGCGGAUGACAGCUAUGAUAGCUUGCCCUUGCUGCACAAGGUUGAAGUCUUCCAGUAUGCCUUGGACAACACAACCGGACAGGAUCUUUACAAGAUCCUUUGGCUCAAGAGUCGGAACUCCGAAUCGUGGCUCGAGCGGAGAGCGACGUAUACAAGGUCGUUGGGUGUCACGUCCAUGGUCGGUUACAUUCUAGGGCUUGGAGAUAGACAUCCAUCCAACCUGCUUAUGGAUCAAAUCUCCGGCAAGAUUGUCCACAUUGACUUUGGUGAUUGUUUCGAGCUGGCGCAACAGCGUGACAAGUAUCCUGAGAAGAUUCCCUUCCGGCUCACUAGAAUGCUCAUUCAUGCCAUGGAGGUAUGUGGGAUCACCGGAACCUUUUCCAAAUCAUGUGAAGUCUCAAUGGGCGUCUUGCGAGACAACCGAGAAUCCAUCAUGGCCGUCCUCGAGGCCUUUGUAUACGAUCCCCUUAUCGCUUGGCGACUCAACGCGACGACGCACCAGCCGGGUGGACGGGCGAACACCGAGCAAGAGGCAGAUGAAGCGGCGUAUGCUAGGCAGAGACGGAGCAGGAUCAACGAGGCAGAGGCUUUGAACGACGCGGAGAGGCCCGAAGUCAGAAACGAACGAGGCUUGGCAGUCAUCGACCGAGUGAGGAAGAAGCUCACCGGACGUGAUUACAAGACGCCAAACCCCCUCACUGUUACCCAGCAAGUGGAGAGACUGGUGGACGACGCGACCAAGACGGAAAAUCUGUGUGUGGCGUACAUUGGAUGGUGUUCAUUCUGGUGAUCUUGUGGUCCUACGGACGAUGUCUGCUUGUGUACAUUGUUAUCCCUCAAUAUCGAUACAAUUUUCGCUGAACGUGCAAAUGCAACCCUCGGAUACGGAGAUUGUGCCACUCUGAACCC